GAGUCACCAAUCAACUGGCUGUCUUCAUACCGCUUUCAAAGUCGGCGGGCGCCUUGCCCAAUAGCAAAGAACAUACCACCCCCAUUUCGAAGAUUGAUGGAAAGUUCGACCAACCGCAUCUCAGACUUCUACUGUCUCCGCCUCUCUCGUUGGGGAUUGACGAUUUUUCUAGCCAAUAGGAGACGCCGGGUCGGCGGGUGGAUGAACGCGGCCCUCUGUAAUGGCGGAGCGUGGCGGGGACGGGGGCGAGAGUGAACGAUUCAACCCGGGGGAGCUCAGGAUGGCCCAACAGCAGGCCUUGAGGUUCCGAGGUCCGGCUCCCCCACCAAAUGCAGUGAUGCGAGGCCCACCACCUCUGAUGCGACCUCCUCCACCUUUUGGUAUGAUGCGAGGCCCUCCUCCACCACCACGGCCGCCCUUUGGACGUCCUCCUUUUGAUCCUAAUAUGCCGCCAAUGCCUCCUCCAGGAGGGAUACCUCCACCUAUGGGCCCUCCACACCUCCAGAGACCACCUUUCAUGCCUCCUCCCAUGAGUUCCAUGCCUCCUCCUCCGGGUAUGAUGUUUCCACCAGGAAUGCCUCCUGUGACUGCUCCUGGUACUCCAGCACUACCUCCUACGGAGGAGAUAUGGGUUGAAAAUAAAACUCCAGAUGGGAAGGUUUAUUAUUAUAAUGCUCGGACACGUGAAUCUGCAUGGACCAAGCCAGAUGGAGUUAAGGUUAUUCAGCAAUCAGAACUGACACCUAUGCUUGCAGCCCAGGCACAGGUUCAGGCUCAGGCCCAGGCGCAGGCUCAGGCCCAGGCGCAGGCUCAGGCCCAGGCACAAGCUCAGGCCCAGGCUCAGGCUCAGGCCCAGGCCCAGGCGCAGGCCCAGGCCCAGGCCCAAGCCCAAGCCCAGGCCCAGGCUCAGGCUCAGGCACAAGCUCAGGCCCAGGCCCAGGCCCAGGCUCAGGUCCAGGCCCAGGUCCAGGCACAAGUGCAAGCACAAGCAGUUGGAGCUUCCACCCCUACGACCAGUAGCCCAGCAUCUGCAGUAUCCACUUCAACAUCAUCAUCCACCCCUUCCUCUACCACUUCUACCACAACAACUGCUACUUCAGUUGCGCAGACAGUAUCAACACCCACAACACAAGAUCAGACCCCAAGUUCUGCUGUUUCAGUUGCCACGCCUACAGUUAGUGUUUCAACUCCUGCUCCUACAGCCACACCUGUGCAAACCGUUCCCCAGCCGCACCCUCAGACGUUACCUCCUGCUGUUCCUCAUUCAGUACCUCAGCCAACAACAGCAAUACCUGCUUUUCCACCAGUAAUGGUACCUCCGUUUCGUGUUCCCCUUCCUGGCAUGCCAAUUCCACUUCCAGGUGUAUUGCCAGGAAUGGCCCCUCCUAUCGUACCCAUGAUACAUCCCCAGGUUGCUAUUGCAGCUUCACCUGCUACCUUAGCUGGAGCAACAGCAGUUUCUGAAUGGACUGAAUAUAAAACAGCAGAUGGGAAGACAUAUUAUUAUAAUAAUAGAACAUUAGAAUCAACCUGGGAAAAACCCCAAGAACUAAAGGAAAAAGAAAAGUUAGAAGAGAAGAUUAAAGAGCCAAUUAAAGAACCCUCUGAAGAGCCUCUGCCAAUGGAGACGGAGGAGGAGGAUCCUAAAGAAGAGCCUAUAAAGGAGAUAAAGGAGGAGCCCAAAGAAGAGGAGAUGACUGAAGAAGAAAAGGCUGCCCAGAAGGCAAAGCCAGUUGCUACUGCUCCUAUUCCUGGUACUCCAUGGUGUGUCGUUUGGACUGGUGAUGAGCGGGUCUUCUUUUAUAAUCCCACCACUCGUCUUUCUAUGUGGGACCGACCUGAUGAUCUGAUUGGCAGGGCAGAUGUUGACAAAAUUAUUCAGGAGCCCCCUCAUAAAAAAGGAAUGGAGGAAUUGAAGAAACUAAGGCACCCAACUCCGACAAUGCUGUCGAUCCAAAAGUGGCAAUUCUCUAUGAGUGCAAUUAAAGAGGAACAAGAAUUAAUGGAAGAAAUUAAUGAAGAUGAGCCUGUUAAAGCAAAGAAACGGAAGAGAGACGAUAAUAAAGACAUUGACUCAGAGAAAGAAGCUGCCAUGGAAGCUGAAAUUAAAGCUGCCCGAGAAAGGGCCAUUGUCCCUCUGGAGGCUCGAAUGAAGCAGUUCAAGGACAUGCUGCUAGAGAGAGGGGUGUCUGCUUUUUCAACAUGGGAGAAGGAGUUGCACAAGAUAGUUUUUGAUCCCCGGUACUUACUUCUCAAUCCUAAAGAGAGAAAACAGGUGUUUGAUCAGUAUGUAAAGACCAGGGCAGAGGAAGAACGCAGGGAAAAGAAAAAUAAAAUAAUGCAAGCCAAGGAAGAUUUCAAAAAAAUGAUGGAAGAAGCAAAAUUUAAUCCAAGAGCAACUUUUAGUGAAUUUGCAGCCAAGCAUGCUAAAGAUUCAAGAUUCAAAGCAAUUGAAAAGAUGAAAGACCGAGAAGCCUUGUUUAAUGAGUUUGUGGCCGCUGCUAGGAAGAAAGAGAAAGAAGAUUCGAAGACCAGAGGUGAGAAGAUUAAAUCGGAUUUCUUUGAACUAUUAUCUAAUCAUCACUUGGACAGUCAGUCUCGAUGGAGCAAAGUAAAAGACAAAGUAGAAAGUGAUCCGCGUUACAAAGCAGUAGAUAGUUCAUCAAUGAGAGAAGACCUUUUCAAACAGUACAUUGAAAAAAUAGCCAAGAAUUUAGACUCAGAAAAAGAAAAGGAGCUUGAAAGGCAAGCCCGCAUUGAGGCAAGCCUUCGAGAACGAGAAAGGGAGGUUCAAAAGGCCCGUUCAGAACAAACAAAAGAAAUAGAUCGAGAGAGAGAGCAGCACAAACGAGAAGAAGCUAUCCAGAAUUUCAAAGCUCUUCUGUCUGACAUGGUACGUUCUUCAGAUGUGUCAUGGUCUGAUACUCGUAGGACCCUCCGAAAAGAUCACCGCUGGGAAUCUGGAUCCUUAUUGGAAAGAGAGGAGAAAGAGAAGCUUUUUAAUGAACACAUUGAAGCACUUACCAAAAAAAAGAGAGAGCACUUUAGGCAACUUCUGGAUGAAACUUCUGCAAUUACCUUAACAUCCACGUGGAAAGAAGUAAAAAAAAUCAUUAAGGAAGAUCCUCGGUGUAUUAAGUUCUCCUCCAGUGACAGGAAAAAACAAAGAGAAUUUGAAGAAUAUAUCAGAGACAAAUAUAUCACAGCCAAAGCUGACUUCAGGACGCUUUUGAAAGAGACCAAAUUUAUAACAUAUAGAUCCAAAAAAUUAAUCCAAGAAUCGGAUCAGCACCUGAAAGAUGUAGAAAAAAUUUUACAGAAUGACAAACGGUAUCUAGUACUGGACUGUGUGCCAGAGGAGAGGCGUAAACUGAUUGUGGCAUAUGUUGAUGACCUGGAUCGCCGGGGUCCACCCCCACCUCCCACAGCAUCGGAGCCCACGAGACGAUCAACAAAAUAAUUCUAAAUACUCUUCCAUAGGGGCAUCUAUUCAAAAUGCUUGCAUGAGCCAAUUUUCAGGUUUUUACAUAUAUGUGCAUUAGUCAACCUAUUGCGAAACCAUCUGACAAACAGAAGGAGAAGCAUUUGUGAACAGUUUCUGAACAGAACACUUUGGAAAUAUUUAUGCUUUUCUUUGUGUGGCAUGACUGACAUACAUACUCAAAUAUAGGCUGUCUCUAGUAAAUCUUAAAAUCUUGAAGCUAAAAUUCAUCCUUUUAUGAGGUGUGGAAGUCAGUGACUUGGUGACGUUCUUCCUAGCAGUGUUAAUACUUGCAAGAAGUAAGAGCAUUUGUGGCUUGAACUUGCCAGAUGCACAGACUCCAAGAAAACCCGAGUUGGGGUUUGUUUUGUUUUGAUUUUUUUUUUUUAAAGCGGGUAAAAGAGAAAACACUGAAAAUUGAAUUCUUAUCUUCCAGAGGCUACGAUUAUUAUAAUGGACAAUACUUUUACCUUUGUCUCUAAAGAUCAGAUUAGUUUUAUUUGUUCACUUAUGUGCUUUGAUUAUCCCCUCUGAAUUAUAGACCAAGUCUUGUUGUUUAGCCUAAGAGAAGAUUUAUGUAGUAAUUUCUUCUCAGGUAUGGAACCACGGUCAUAACUAACAUGUUGGCCAGAAUAGAACCACUGGUUAAACAUAUUUUAUUCACCAUUAAGUGAUCUUUAUCAAUAUUCUGGAUUAGACAACAAAUUACCUUUCUGGGUGUUUCUUGUAAACUAUACUCCUGUUUGAAUGUUAAACUUUGUUGCUAAAGUUUAAUUUUAAGAUGUUUGAAUGUUCAGUUUAUGUAUUUGAACUACAAUAAACCAACCCUUUUUAUAUA